CCGACAGCGAAGGACACGUGCUGCACCGCUCCUGGACUCUCCUGCAGGUACAUCGCGCCGGCCCACCCGCGAUCUCUGCAGUUUUGGAUUAUCUUGUGCUCUAAGUGACCGACGAAGAAAAGCUGUUGUGUUGUAGCUGAACAGACCAUCAUGUCUCUCUUGAAAAUUGCAUCAUCAGUUGCAAAAUUUGUCAAAGUCAGAGUCUGGGACAAGGAAGUAAUAGAUACCUUUGACUUCAGACUUCAUUAUCGAUUCACGAGUGCUUUUUUGUUUCUCGCAAGUAUAUUGUGCACAGCAACAAGUUUCCUUGGUGAUCCAAUAACUUGUAUUGUUGAUAAUGAAAAGAUAAAAAAGGCUGUUACAACAUACUGCUGGAUUACAUCAACAUUUACUGUGCCAAGAUUAAAAGGUGGAAGACCUGGUGUGGAUGUAGCUGCACAUAAUGUAGGACCAUAUUUGGCAUAUGAAGAGAGUGUUGUGCACCAUAACUACUACCAGUGGGUCCCAUUUGUACUGGUAUUCCAGGGUCUGAUGUUUUAUGCACCUCACUGGCUGUGGAAGAAGUGGGAAGGAGGCCUUAUUUGCAAUAUUAGUGAAGGGCUGAGAGGUCCUAAGAUGGAUGACAAUGAGGAGACAAGGAAAAAAAUGGAGCGUGUUACUCUAUACUUCACAUCAUCGUGGAGAAUGCACGCAAUGUACGGUGCAUGUUAUACCUUUUGUGUCGCUCUCAACGUAAUAAAUACAUUUGGAAACAUAUUUCUAAUCAACAAGUUCCUGGGUGGGACAUUUCUUGAGUAUGGAACCAAAGUUCUGCAACUUCCGGACCAAGAAUUUCGAACUGAUCCAAUGGCUGAUGUAUUCCCAAAAGUUACAAAAUGCACAUUUCAUAAAUAUGGUCCUUCAGGGGGGAUACAGGUACUUGAUGUUAUGUGUGUACUUGCACUCAAUAUUCUCAAUGAGAAGAUAUACAUCUUCCUGUGGUUUUGGUUAAUAAUAUUGGCAGUUAUAUCGAGCUUGGGCCUAUUGUACACAUUAGCAAUUAUGCUGUUUCCAAAAGCCAGAGAAAUUGUUUUUAAACGAGGUUUCAAAAUUUCAAGAACAGCUACGAAAUCAAUAGCCACAAAACUCUCUGCUGGAGACUUUUUAGUAUUACAUUUUUUGGGCCAAAGUAUUAGAGCUGCAUCAUUUACUGAACUGCUAAAUCAGUUAUCUGCAAACUUAAGUGACAAACGUUCACACGGAAAUCAAACACCUCCAUUAAUCGAAAUGUCGCCUCUGUAUCCUCAUUUACCAAAAACUGCAGCCUGAGUUACUGGGCUGUGGAACCUGUGAUAUCAUGACUGAUUUGAGAGAAGGGAGUGAGGUGGACAAGAGAUAGAAAUCGCUGCAUUUGUAAUUGUGACACAUCAAUUUUAAAACAGUUUAGUGCAAAUUGAGUAUUAUGAAUUUUCAGUGUUCGUGCUUCAGUUGUUUGUGUGGUGAUGAAUGAACUGUAUCAGUACCUGGAGCAGCCAAAAGUGACUGAAAGAGUAUUAAAAUGAUCUUAUUGUGCAUAAGUAGCACAUACUUUUAAGAUUCAUUUUUGAAUAUUUAUGUGGUAUUCACAUGCUGUGAUAAUUUGUGCCAUUUACAAUGUAUUUAUAAGGAUCUUGCCAUUUAUUUUGGUACUUUUUAUGAUGUAUUUGUAAAUGUUUUUGUAAUUUAUUACAGAUUGUACACAUAAUCAUUAAAAUAUUUUUGUAAGGAUUUCAAAGUGUUGUAUUACCAGUAUCUCAGUGAUUCAUGUUUGUAAAACCCACAACAAAAAUCAUCUUAAUAAAGGGUAUGAAAUGAAUUCUGGCACAUAUUAACAAAGUGAAGCAGCGUGAUGCAUUAUUUUGCUCUAGUCUUUGAAUAAAAUGAUAGAAUUUGUGAGAACUGAUUUAGUGUGGAGCAAUGGUCAUUGUUGAUGGUGGUGGGCAUUCUUCUUACUGCAUCUUAUACACAUUUAAAAAGAAUGCAAUGGUUUAAAAAUAAAAUUGGCUCCUGAAUCUACGCGCCAUAGUAAUUUUACACCAUCAUCAAUUCUGUGGGGCCUGUUUCUGACAGAAGAUUCACAGUUUGGAGACCAUGGCCAAAUCAUAGAUAGUUUGUGCUUGCUCAGAAUGAUCUCGAGCCACUGUUAAAUUAUCUGCAAAUAACAUCCGUGAUGGGCUUUGCUUAUUGCAGAACGAAAUCAGUGGCUGAACAUACACUGCAAUUGGUACAUUGCACCUCUCUAUCAUGAUCUUUUCAGUUCGCAGUGCCAACUGGCAUUUGUGAAACAAAUAAUGAAAAAAUCAUAAAUCAUUUACCCCUUCAGAAAUACAUUUCCUUUUAAAUGAAACACAAAUGUAACUCAUUUUUUAACUUAUUUAUUUAUAAAUCAAAACUAAGUCUAUUAGUUAGUGAGUGGGUGGGUGGGUGAGUGAGUGCCCACAUGCUAUAUUUUUUCCUUUUUAAUAUCUGUUACUUAUUUGCUGUAUGUAUUGGUACAUGUAAUAUCAGAAUUCUUUUACAAAAUGUAUUUUUAAACCAUAAUUAUUAAAAAUGUGACUUUGAUGAUGGCAGUGGUGAAAAUGUUGUGUAGAAAGAUUUUAUGUAAGAAAGUAUUAAAAAUGUAAUCUUACCAGUUUGCAGGCCUAAUGUUUCUCCAUCAAAAUUGUAUACUUUUACCGGAAAAAUGUGAAAAUUCUGAAAUACAAAAUCUUGGUUUCUAGAAUAUUUUUGUUGGACUUUACUAGAAAACAGAUGUGUUCAUCCAGAAUUCUGCUUAUGAAAAGAAUACAUGAAGUAAUGAAAGUAAUUUCAUUUAAAGUGCAAGUAUCCUGCUAGUCCUGUCUUUGACAU